AUGAAUCCAAUCAAUGUUGACCGAGAAUACGAGUCAAACAUGAGGGUCAAACACUGGAAGUGGAAGACUAGCCUUAGAGGAGGAAAAGUCAAAAAAAAAGUUUCUGUUUGUAUUUAUUUACCAAAUCUACCUAAAGAAGUGAGUGAUCUUAUGUACUUGAGAGAAAAAUGGCUAGUAGUAUCUCUGGAUGAGGAGAGAGUUGGAGAUGUCAGCAUCCUCAAUGGUCUGGUCCAAGUCGGUGAGUGGUCGAGGAGGAACCCCCAUGAUGAGCAAUUGGUAGUCUCUGGAGCCAUCUGGUCUUCACUCGUCUAUGAUAUGUCUCUAACCGUGUGGCGAGUGUUGAAUUGGGAGACAAUGCUUGUGCCGUCUCCUAAUCUUAGCUGGAUCGUGGUAGUUGGCGCUGCGGGUUCUACCACUAGGCUCACUGAUGGACGUGGCUCUGAGGCUGAUCCUAGAGCUCUUCCUAUGCCUUGGAAUGGAGUAAACGGUCUUGGUGAUUCAUGUGGUUAUAAGAUGUAA